AUGAAUACAAAUGAAAGUAUUCAAAAUGUUAUCGACAAUUGCUUAAGAAAUGCAUCGGAUCAAAUGGUAGCACGUCUUCCAAAUUUCAAAUACAUUAAAAGAAAUAUUCAACGACAACGACAACAGAAUGAUUUAACUAAACUUCCAUUAGAUAAAAAUUUUAAUAUAAUUCCAGCAUCUUUAACAACAACAUUGAAAAAUGAAAAAUUCUUACAAUUUGAUUCUGGACUCGGUGAUCAUCGUUUACUUAUAUUCGCAUCUAUUAAUCAAUUAAGAAUAUUAGAAGGUACUGAAGAAAUACUAAUUGAUGGUACAUUUAAAGUAACACCAAUUAUUUUCACUCAAUUAUAUACUAUACAUGGCGUCUAUCGAAAUAAUAUAUUUCCAUUAGUUUUUGCUGUACUUGCUGAUAAACAACAACAAACGUAUCAAUGA